CCUUUGUGUGUGCUUCCAGUAUUGCUCUGAAGCAAAAAUCAUGGCUGACCCAUCAAUUCAAGCAUUCUGUUGCCGGAGCCCUGAAUCCACCAAGAUUAUUUCGCUCAAUUUGAUGAGCGAAUUCAACUCCGUCUCCUACAACACAGUCUGUUUAAUCUCAUCAAUCAUCGGAAUUUUCGGCGCUAUUUUUCAGAUGUUACCGCGGGAAGACAGAGUCCAGCCUCACAGGCCCUAUUCUUCUGUAGCGUUGAGAGGCAGGAAAAUCAUACUGUGGUUAGCAUUUGGAGACCUCAUGGCCACUUUAGGUGUUCUCCUUCGGUCAGUCUUGAAGAUUUUAGUUGCUUAUGAGUAUUUACAAGAAGAGGAUACUAAUAUUGUGCUGUGUGUCAUACUUGCCGUGAUAAUACAAUACUUUUACACCGUAACUUGGAUGUGGACUCUAAUCUAUGCCAUUGACAUGUGGCUGGCGCUCCAGGACAAAAAGGGAUAUCCUGUCUUGUAUCAUUCAUUGGUGUGGAUCAUCCCUGCGUGUCUAACUAGUGUCGGCUUAUUCAUCUUAUAUGCUCCGAAUGUAGACUGUCACAAUUUGUUACCCAAUGAAAGCGCUUUUCUGCGUAUUCUUCCGAACUAUUUUGCCACCUAUCUGCCAAUCCUCACAGUCAUGACAGUCAACCCAAUCCUGUAUCUACUGUCCGCCAGAUCGGUUCAUAUAGUGGUUGCUCGCAGUCUGUGCCAAUACACACAGAAAGAGCGCAAAAUUGUGGACUCCAUUCGGCUGAAGUUUGGGCUCAUCAAUUUGGUCUUCUAUGUAUGCUGGUUACCAAAUAUAAUCGGAGGUAUUAUCGUUUGGGUGUACUGGGAUAAUCUACCACGAACUUUCAUUUUGGUUUUGUGGUAUUUGAUGGCAACUACAAAUCCACUUCAAGCAUUGUUCAACAGUCUAGUCUAUCGGAGAUCAAGAGACAAAGUCAUGCUGUUCAGAAACCACCAACAAGCUUUUGGGGAAACUACACCGCUUCUUCCAGCAAGUAAACAAUCAGGAAAAACCACUUCUGAUUAGAUUUUCAUUUUGUUUUCAAAUGACUGUGUAUCUAGCUCUUUAAUAUACUCACGCAUUCAUUUCUCAACCAGAACUAUUGAAAAGUAUAACACUUUUAAUAUCUAGGGUUUUUACUCAUCAACCAACAAACUCAUCCGUACCUGCAGUGCUUUUUAGUUAAAUUUCGUUUUUGUUUGUAUAUUCUUUUCCCUAAUGUACCGUGUAGUAUUUUAAGGAGUAAUUAAUAAUUAAUUUACAAUAAUCUCUUAGAUGAUUUUUUUUUUUUUUUUUGCCGCUUGGUUGUGCGAGUUACGUUUUCUGAACAACAAAUUCUUCUCCAAACCAUUUUUUUUUAAAAUUAUAACAUGAUCUCUUUCAAGUUUUUGAAUGUUGUCCCCCCGUGAUAGCACAGGUGCCUCAAAAAGUGGUGCUUAGUCACAUUCAAUCUCACAGUCAAGUCCCUGCUUCCGUUUGAGAGGUGACAUUAAUAUUGAUAUUCACUUAGCUGCGGUGGCCUCUUUAUGAGAAGGAAAUCCCCCUGUCUGGUCCUUACUAAGAUUUCAUUUUUGUUGAAUAUGUCAUUUUGGUGGCAUUUUUCAGUGAGAAAAUAGAAAAUCCAUAGCAGAUAAACUUUUAUUUUUCAAGCGGGACUUAUUCUGCAAGGGACUUCUUCUAUAUGAAAUACAAGAGAUAAAAGGAAGGGCAGUUAUUAGUCGAGGCUGAAACAUUAAAACUGCUUUGAUGCCCAAUCUUAAGUCUCUUACUGUGAAAGAAAUGAUGGCUCUUGCAGCACCUUUGAUCCCAGCUUCUCUUAUGCUGUGUACAGCUUGCUACUGAAAUGUAGGUAUUAUUUGUGUUUGUUAGAAAUUUGUUCAGAUCGUAAUAGGAUGUAAAUCAAUAAAAAUAAUGAGACUUGUCCUACUGCCAAGUUCCCUUGUUCACUUUUAACAGCGAUAUCGCUCAUUGUGAAUACAGUCAUUCAAUGUCGUAGUUUCCCUGAUUUUUCCUGGCUUACUUUGCACAGUGUCGGACGUUAUCAACUGUAUGUUAUGAAGAGCAAUAUCCCUGUUCAUAUCAGACUUGAAAACUUUGGACAGAUGUAAAUAUGCAGUUUUGGCUAAUUGAUAAGCUCACAACUUUGUAGUUUACCUUUCUUUGUACAGUUCUCCUUGAAUCCAGAGUUUGUAAUAUAGUUCUCUCUUUAGCUGUAGGUGUUACCAUUGAUGUAACUUUUAGUUAUAGAGUUACAGGUUUCGUCCAGCACAAAAGAUAUGUGUGCGAAUGGAAUUGAUCAAGACUGCAAGAGAAUUAUGUCUAUUUUUCCCACUGAUGUUUAACAAUUAUUUAUUUUUCGAAAACUCGUCAUUUUUAUAGUGAAAUAAUUUUUGUCAAGCGCCCUUUACCCAUGAAGAAUUUUUGCUAAUUUUUCAAACUUCAUGUAUUCUCACUUUUUGGUUCAGAAGCAUGGAGCCAUCAAGGCAGCCAAAAAAUAGGUUGAAACUGUAAUGAAUCAUCCUGCCGUAAACUCAGAAAAGCUGUAGGAAAUAUAUUAGGAGAACUUGCGUCUGAUGUUUUAAAAAAAGAAAACAUUUUUAAGUACCAUGUAGUAGUUUAUUUCGGCUCCAUGUUCCUCUUUUUCAAUUAGAUGGGUGAGAGUUGUGUCAUCCUAACUUUCCACUGUUGCAAAAUUUUCCAGCAUAUUUUCAUAAUAUUUAAGAUCCAUCAAAAUUAAGUAGUGAUUGUUUGUAAGACUGAAAUGAAAAGUUUUUGUUUAGAUAGGAACAAAUUCGUAAGUUAAUGAUUUUCUAAAUCCAUCAAGUAGAUGGUAAUUUUUCUUAUAGUGCUCCAGUAAUAUGUAUAUCUACUUAUCUAAUUUUUUGCAUGACUAACUGACUGAUUUACUUUACAGGGUUCACUCAUCUUCUUGAUGUAUUAUUUCGGUGCUUUGAAAAUCCUAAUCUUUCAAAAUUUUUUGCUCACUUUUUUUUUCUAGAAUUUUUUCUUUCUUGCAUCAUUUUUGCAAGAUAAACACAGUGUCACCUUUUUAAGGUGUCAUUUUGGUCUCAUUCUCCGUUGGAUAUGUUUCAUCUAACAAAGUCAUCCAUUGUCUCUUAGAUUUUUGUCCUCAGAAGAAGAGGCGAUAAAUAUAUUUCGGCAGUUAAGAAGAAAUAAAAAUAGAACUUUGCAAGAAAAUUGAGUGUAUUUAUUUAUUGAUAUAUCUUUGUGACUAAGUAUCAGAAUGAGAUGUUUAAAAACGAUUUGGAAUGAAGCUAAAUCAUUUUUUGUCUUGACUUAUGUUUCAAAUUUAUUAAUUCUGUGAUUUUCUGUGUGGGCCUUCUUUAUGACUCACAUAUACUAUACAUGACUCCAUAAGUGACUUUUACAUAGAAGAAUGUUUCGUACAUCUUUUAUUUCUAACUCUCCAACUCAGCUCUUUCAAACUCAGUUCUUAGAAAUUUUUCACAUUCAUCAUAAGUUAUUUUUCCAAUACAAGUGCAAGAGCACGUACUUCUGUGAAUAAAGGCUAUGAAACUUGCCAGGGUUAUGGAGCCAAUUUUUUGCUUAGCCUUAUAUAUGUAACUUCGGAGACUUCUGGAAUGACGUUAUUUUUUCUUGUAUUUUUUAAUUUCUGUAUAGAUACUAAUUUUGUAUUUUUGUUUACUGAGUCUCUGCGAAAUAUGAGGCCUUGUUCUUUUGACGUUCAUUGUUCUUCAGACGUUGAAGUCAAUAAAAUUUGUACUACUUUUUCAUCACGAUAAAUUUGUUUUUAGAACUC